UUUAUUAGUUUCCAAAAAGUAAAAUAUAUAUAUAUAUACACGAUCCGUUCCUUAACCCCACUCUCGAUUAAAAUCCCCGUUCUCAUCUCAUUUUAUCUCAUCUUCCAUUACGUUCUAUCCAAAUGACCAGCUAGUACUAUUUUCUUUACCAGCUAGUACUAUUUUCUUUUCUUCUUAAUUGUGAGAUUGCAAAAAAUUAUAUAUUCUCAUUGUGAAUUUUUAUAAAAGAUUUCGAACGCAUAUUAAUUUCCUUGAUCUGCCCGCCAUUUUUCACAUGCUGGAUCGCGCCUCGGUCGUCGUCGCCAUCUGAGGAAGAGGACGAAGACGGGGUUGUUUUGUAGCUGUAUAAGUAAUUUGGAGGGGUUCGGAUGCGGGGCUCGACGAGGCACGGGCGGCGAUGGGCCUCGGGCGAGCUGGGGCUCGGCGGGGCGAGAGGAGGGGCGGGGGCGGCGCCGGCGCCGGCGCUGGCGCUGAGCGCCGGGUCGUCGCCGAUGGGCUCGGCGGCGCGGGGCUCCGACGACGGGGAGGAGUUCGUGGAGGUGACGCUCGACCUCCAGGACGACGACACCAUCGUCCUCCGCAGCGUCGAGCCCGCGGCGGCGCCGGAGAUCGACUCGUCGACGGCGCCGGGCUCGGCGGGGGAGUCGCGGUCGCCGUCGAUCCGGCGGAGCUCGUCGCACCGCCUCCUGCAGUUCUCGCAGGAGCUGCGCGCGGAGGCCGUGGCGCGCGCGCGGCAGUUCUCGCACGACCUCCGCGCCGAGCUGAAGCGCUUCUCCCGCAGCCACAGCCGCGCCAGCGCCUCCUCCUCCGCCCCCGCCGUCGAUCCCGCCAUCGAGUCCGCCCUCGCCGCCCGCGCCGCGCGGCGGCAGCGCGCGCUGCUGGAUCGGACGCGCUCCGGCGCCCACAAGGCGCUCCGCGGCCUCCGCUUCAUCAGCAGCAGCAGCAGCAAGCCCGACGCCAACGCCUGGAACGAGGUCCUCCUCAACUUCGAUCGCCUCGCCCGCGACGGCUUCCUCUUCCGCUCCGAUUUCGCCCAAUGCAUAGGUAUGAAGGAAUCGGAGGAGUUCGCAUUGGAGCUCUUCGACACGCUGAGCCGGAGGAAGAGGAUGAAGGUGGAGAAGAUAACGAAGGAGGAGCUCCGCGAGAUCUGGUCGCAGAUCACCGACCAGAGCUUCGACUCUCGCCUCCAGAUCUUUUUCGACAUGGUGGACAAGAACACCGAUGGACGGAUCACAGAAGCAGAAGUUAAAGAGAUCAUAAUGCUAAGUGCGUCAGCAAAUAAACUUUCGAGGCUAAAAGAACAAGCCGAGGAAUACGCAGCUUUGAUUAUGGAGGAACUUGAUCCCGAGAGGCUUGGGUACAUAGAGCUAUGGCAACUGGAAACUCUUCUGUUGCAAAAGGACACGUACCUGAACUACAGCCAAGCGCUGAGCUACACAAGCCAGGCGCUGAGCCAGAACCUGGCCGGGCUACGAAAGAAGGGCCCGAUCCGUAAACUAAGCACCAAGUUAGGCUACUACAUAGAAGAGAAUUGGAAGCGGUUGUGGGUGAUAGCGCUGUGGAUUGGAGUGAUGGCGGGUUUAUUCACGUGGAAGUUUAUUCAGUACCGGAACAAAUAUGCUUUCCAGGUCAUGGGUUAUUGCCUCACCACCGCGAAAGGCGCCGCGGAGACGCUGAAGCUAAACAUGGCUCUCAUUCUACUUCCGGUCUGUCGGAACACCAUCACUUGGUUGCGAUCGACUCGGGCCUCCCGUGUUCUGCCGUUUGAUGAUAACAUCAACUUCCACAAGACCAUAGCAGCGGCCAUUGUAGUUGGUGUGAUCCUCCAUGUUGGGAACCAUCUUUCGUGUGACUUCCCUCGGCUCAUUGCAUCGUCUGAAGAGAUGUACGCACCCUUGGAAAGGGAUUUCGGGAAAACGAAGCCCUCUUACUUGAAGCUAGUCCGAGGCCCCGAAGGUGUGACUGGAAUUCUCAUGGUUCUCUGCAUGCUGGUGGCCUUCACCCUUGCGACCACAUGGUUCCGUCGCAGUGUAGUGAAGUUCCCGAAGCCCUUCGACAAGCUAACAGGAUACAAUGCCUUUUGGUACUCCCACCAUUUGUUUAUAAUUGUGUAUAUUCUGCUAAUCAUUCAUGGCCAGUUCCUCUACCUCAUUCACCACUGGUGGCUUAAGACGACUUGGAUGUAUUUGGCUGUUCCUGUAUCUCUGUAUGCAGGUGAGAGGAUCCUUAGAGCCCUAAGGUCUGGCUAUUAUUCGGUUCGACUGCUUAAGGUUGCCAUAUAUCCUGGUAACGUUCUGACACUCCAGAUGUCGAAGCCUCCAGCAUUUCGCUACAAGAGUGGGCAGUAUAUGUUCGUUCAGUGUCCUGCAGUUUCACCCUUCGAAUGGCAUCCAUUCUCAAUAACUUCGGCACCUGGGGAUGACUAUCUUAGCAUACACAUUCGACAAUUAGGCGAUUGGACGCGAGAGCUUAAGCGGGUCUUUGCAGAGGCCUGUGAACCUCCGGUGGCUGGAAAAAGUGGCCUGCUCAGAGCGGAUGAGACCACUAAGAAAAGCCUACCAAAGCUCUUAAUUGACGGACCUUACGGCGCUCCCGCACAAGACUACAGGAAGUAUGAUGUUUUACUGCUCGUUGGACUAGGAAUAGGAGCAACACCUUUCAUCAGUAUAUUGAAAGAUCUGCUCAACAAUAUUGUUAAAAUGGAGGAGGAGGAAGAUGCUUAUGCGGAUCUUUACCCGCCAAUUGGCCAGAACCAUAAACACGUCGAUCUCGCCACACUUAUGAAAAUAACCUCGAGACCAAAGAGGAUUCUGAAGACUACCAACGCGUACUUCUAUUGGGUGACGCGCGAACAAGGAUCUUUUGAUUGGUUUAAAGGAGUCAUGAAUGAGGUCGCCGAAUUAGAUCAGAGGGGUAUUAUUGAGAUGCACAACUAUCUCACAAGUGUUUACGAGGAAGGCGAUGCGCGUUCCGCUCUCAUCACCAUGGUUCAGGCUCUCAACCAUGCCAAGAAUGGUGUUGACAUAGUCUCCGGGACAAGAGCACGCACGCAUUUUGCAAGGCCUAAUUGGAAGAAGGUUUUGUCUAAAAUCUGUUCUAAGCAUCCUUACGCAAAGAUAGGAGUUUUCUACUGUGGCGCUCCAGUUUUGGCGCAGGAACUAAGCAAACUCUGCUACGAGUUCAAUCAACGAGGCACCACAAAAUUCGAAUUCCACAAGGAGCAUUUCUAAAAGCUCUCACAAAAUAUACUUACGUAAAAAUAGUUUGUGUACAGUUUUGUCUUAUUUUGUUUUGUUUUUUUAUUUUGCAUUAUUUAUUAGAGAAUAGCGAAGCUGAGAGAAGUAUACAGAAGUAACUAUACCGCACGCGUCUAGCUUUAUAUAUAUACAUAUAAUAAAAAAAAAAUAAAAGGAGUGGUUUCUUUUUGUA